UUUCCUGGGCGGAAGCAGCGGAGGGGGUUUCCAGUGUGAUCAGCCCAGUCCUCUCCGCUGGAUCUUUGAACUGGAUCCCAGAGACUUGUGUCCCUCACACACAGCCAACAGAACCUGGACAUCCCGCAGAACACCCGAACCCGAACCCGGACCAUGAGGAGUCCGCCCGAGGCCCAGAGGCUCCGAGGCAGCGGCAGGUCGACGGUUUGAGUCCCGGAGAGAGUCCGCCGAGCCCCGGAGCUGCUGAGCGGAGAGCCGGGGCCUGCGGAGGAGAUUCAUGUCAUGUCAGCGGGGAGGAGUGCUGACGGGAGGGAGGUGCAGAUUCCCCUCCAGCAGGUGGCGCCCUCCCUGACCACGCCCCUUUCUGUGGCCCUGCCCUCUCACCGCCAAUCCAAUCCCUGGCCUCCCAGUGACCUCUCCCCCUCACAAGGUGUCCCUGCAGGUUUCCUGCCCGUUCAUGGAGGAUUCAGAGAUCACUUUGUGGAGACUCCAGAAGCCAAGUACUGCUGCGAGGCGUGCAGGCUGAUCCUGUGUCAGCCUCGCCAGACUGAGUGUGGUCAUCGCUUCUGUCAGAGCUGCAUCCAGGAAAUCCUCAGUCACACUAACCCAGUAUGUCCAGCUGACAUGGAGCCUCUCUUCAAAGACAAGAUCUUCAGAGACGUUUGCUGCCAGAGGGAGAUCAUGGCACUGAAGGUUUACUGUCGCAGUGAAGCAAGCGGCUGCCAGGAGCAGAUGAGCCUGCAGCAGAUACCUGACCACCUGAACGUGUGUCCCUACUAUGAGGUCCCCUGUCCGCUGGGUAAAUGCAAAGAGCGAAUGAUGAGGAAAGAGAUCCCCGACCACCUGAGCUGGAAAUGUAAACACAGAGAGAGCAGCUGCGAGUUCUGUAUGACCAAGAUGCCUCUGACCGACCUCCAGAAACACAAGGAGACGGUGUGUCCGGCGUUCCCCGUCUCGUGUCCCAACCACUGCUCCUAUUCCUCUCUCCUCCGGAGCGAGCUGUCCAGUCAUCAGCACGACUGUCCCAAAGCUCAGGUGAGCUGUCAGUUCCACCGCUACGGCUGCAUCUUUAAGGGUCUGAACCAGGAGAUGAGGCAACACGAGUCCACCUUUGCAGCUGAACACCUGAGAAUGAUGGCCAACAGGAACUCCACUUUAGAGAACAAGAUGGAGGAUAUUAAAGGUGAGCUGUUGGAGAGGUACAAGGUGCUUCCUGCUCUCAGCAGUCGACUGUCUGAGCUGGAGAACCAGAACGACGAGCUUAGAGAGAAGAACCGACAGAUGGAGCAGAAACUGGCCGCCAUGCAGAAACUGAUGAGCUCUCACUCAGAGAAGCUCAUGGGGGUGGAGAUGGAGCUCCAAGCUCUCCGUGUGCUCAGAGAUGAGGUGGAGAACCUAAGAGGAACGCUGGAGAACGUCCGGACGAGACUGAACGCUCUGGAACAAGGGGGACGCAAUGGGAGUGGAUCCACAACACAUACUCUGGCCUCCUUGGAGACUCAGCUGAAUCGACAUGACGACAUGCUGAGUGUACACGAGAUCCGAUUGGCCGACAUGGACCUGCGUUUCCAGGUGCUGGAGACGGCGAGCUACAACGGGACCCUGAUCUGGAAGAUCCGCGACUACAAGAGACGGAAACAGGAAGCGGUGGCGGCAAAGACACUGUCGCUGUACUCGCAGCCGUUUUACACCGGAUAUUUCGGAUACAAGAUGUGCGCGCGCGUCUACCUGAACGGAGACGGCAUGGGCAAGGGGACGCACCUGUCGCUGUUCUUCGUGGUGAUGAGGGGCGAGUACGACGCCCUGCUGCCCUGGCCCUUCAAACAGAAGGUGACUCUGAUGCUGAUGGACCAGGGCCCGUCGAGGAAACACUUGGGUGAUGCCUUUAAGCCUGAUCCAAACAGCAGCAGCUUCAGACGUCCAGCAGCAGAGAUGAACAUUGCCUCCGGCUGUCCUCUGUUUGUGUCCCAAAGUGUCUUGGAAACGGGCAGCUACAUCAAAGACGACACCAUCUUCAUUAAGGUUACCGUGGAUACCUCCGACCUUCCUGACCCGUGACAGUGCAACCCUCUGACCUCUGACCUUACUGGUCUGAGAUCAGCUCACCUGUCCACGCCUGAUAGAGCAAAGCAUGAUGGGAAGGCUCAGCGAGGCUCAUCUCUCUGAGGGCAACGCCAACAUGAAAAGAAGAGGCCGACAAGAAGCAGCCAAUCAGAGUGAACAUUACAGAGACCAGAGGGCGGGUCUUCUUCUGAUUGGCUGAUGGACUACAGUGUGUGUGUGUGUGUGUGUGUGUGUGUGUGUGUGUGUGUGUGUGUGUGUGUGUGUAUGUGUGUGUGUGUGUGUUUGUGUGUGAAAGGAUCAGUGUUGCCAUGGUAUCACCAUGGUGAUAUCACCCAGAGCCAACAUGGCCGCCGCAGCGAGGACUUGUUGCUGCUUGUUACUGAUGCCGUGCAUCAAGCUUUACUUCCUGUUUAUUACCUGUUUACCAAGACCUGCUGGGAAACCGGCACGGCCACAGAGGAGCUCAGGACACUAGCACAGACCAGCAGGAUCCAGAACCACCCAGAACAAACCACAGCCAAUUUGUGAGACCCAGAACAGGGGCGUCAAGAGAACCGAUGCGUCGGUACAGAGUUGAUCCUGAGAGACAGUGGCUGUGUUUCCUUUAGUCCUGACGGGUUCACUUCAGUCUGCUGGAGACUGGUUUCAGAGUUCUGAGAACUAGUUUCAGAGUUCUGGGGACUGGUUUCAGAGUUCUGGUAACUGAUUCCAGAGUUCUGGUGACUGGUUUCAGGGUUCUGGUGACUGGUUUCAGAGUUCUGAGGACUGAGUUCUGAGUAGAAACAGAGCAGCUAAUCUCUACAGCCGAGUCUUCACUGCACCUUCUGUCUGUGGCCGGGGCACAGAGGGAACCAAAACCAGAACAACAGCAGAGGAACCGGUUAUAUAAGUUCUUCCUGAACAGCAGAAUUCAUCAGGAUGGUUGUUCAUCAUGUAUCUGUGGUCAGGAAGAAAAAAAGGGAUUUGUUGUUAGUUUUUGUAUCCGCGGGUAUCAAGAAUCCAUGACCCAGUACAGACCAGAACAGGACAGAACAGACUAAAACAGACUAGAACAGACCAAAUGCGAACAUACUAGAACAGACCAGAACAAAACAAAACAGACCAGACUAGAACAGAACAGACCGGACCAGACCAGACUAGAACAGACUGGAACAGGCUAGAACAGAAGAGAACAGACCAGACCAGACCAGACCAGACUGGAAUAGACCCGUAGGACUUGUUUCAAACUGCAGUGUUAACAUCGAUCUAACUGAGUCAGAUGUUUUUGAGGUUUGUUUUUGUCGUCACAAGUUUAUAAUUUUUAAUUUAAAAUAUGAUUGUAAUAUUAUUUUAUGUGGUCAGAUAUUAGCAAGUGAACGACUUGUGCUUUAACUGGUGUAACUGGUAGGAGAUGACGUGAUGUCGCCUUAAUCGGCCAAUA